GCUUUGACAUAUAAAUCUAACAAUGAAUUCAUAACUCAAUCUGUUAUCGAAACUCAGACUUGUUUACCUUUCAGGUUAUUAUUUAAGUUUUGAGUUUUAUACAUUAUACCAACAUCAAUUCUUACAAAAUGUUAAAUUUAAGAGUAUCUACAGAUGUAUAUGUUCCGAAGUUGUUGCGGUACAUGGCAUUUUCAUCUGCUGGCUUCAGUGAAAAAGCAUACAAGGAACUACUUAAACACGUAAACAAUCAGGAUAAGAUUAAAACAGAAAAAUUUAGAAGAUUGGUUUCAUAUCUGUGUGAAAGAAACAAUCGUGUAACAACGUACAAAGGGAGUGACAGAUUUUCAAUCUUCUCAGAAAAAAAUAACAUUACAGUCUCUGGUGCGAAUGAGCGGCAAUAUUCAAGGGAUAUCACAAACGUGUAUGACUCACCGCCGGAACCUGAAAAGCUCAAACCAGAAAGCGAAAGUUCUGUACAUAGUAUUACUACGUCUACAGAUGUAAAAAGGGACCAAGAUGUACCUCUAGGAGAAACUUUUAAAGCCCUCUCCAAAGACGGCAGUCUAGCCAAGUUGAACGUGAUGGGAUCUGACAAGAAAGUUUCAAAGGAGAUUUCGGCUCUGUUGUCUUCGGGAUGUCCAAACAAGGCUGCUGGGGCCAAAUGUAACGCGGACCUGUCAUCCGCUGCUCUUCCUCUCUCGCUACAUCGCAGUGAUGCCAACAUUCUGACAGCCGCCGUUGUGCAAGACCUGAACAAUGUGUACGUGAAAGCAAUGGAAUCGCUAGACAAGAGGUUGGUAUCGGUGCAAGAGCAAGGGCUGGUACUGUACAGAACCCUGGAAUACUACAGAACCCAUCCUGACAAGGUGCAGGACUGGGCGAGACAGCAGGCGCUCUUGCUGGCAGCUCUACGUGACAAAACCGCGGUGUGGUGGUGUGAGGCCAAGUCCGCUGCUGCCGGCACUCCGACCACUAAGGCGACCAAGACCGACAAGACGGCGCAGCUUAGCCCCUUCGAUAAAUUAAAAAAAGCCAUCGAAGCACUGAAGGCUAAACUUCAAAAGAAGGUCGACGAAAAACAAAAAGCAGUCAGUGAGAAGAAAAAGUGACCUCCAUGGAUGUUAAGUGGUGACUUUUUACAUAUGUACAUUUUAUGUUAUCUCUACGAAUGGUACAAGAUAUUAUAAAUUUACAUUGUUGAAGCAUAUCA